ACAGCUCACCUGGGCGAGGUGCAGCAGCAGCUGGAAGCAGACCUCCCAGAUCUCCCCAUGUGUUGGCCCUCCUGCCCAGUCCCAGCUCUGCAGGGGAUGCUCUUGCUCAAAAAGGGAGGGAUAACAUCAAGGUUCAAGCAGGGAUGCCAGAGACUGCAGCAGGAACAGGGCCUCUGCUGAACCAGCCUGGGCUCUGGUGCUUCCAGCCCUCCCUAAAAGGCAGAGGACGUUGUCAGCAUGGCAAACUUCAAGGGCCACGCACUUCCAGGCAGUUUCUUCCUGAUCUUUGGGCUCUGGUGGUCUGUGAAAUACCCACUGAGGUACCUCAGCCAGAAAGCAAGCAAGAAGUCCCAGAAGAAUUACUGCUUCCAGCGCCUGGAUGCCAUUGAAGGAGGAGUUAAAGUCACCUUUGCUCUAAUAGGGAUGCUGGCAGAACAGUUCGUCCCCGAUGGGCCACACCUGUACCUCUACAGCGGGGAGAAACGUGACUGGGUGAAGCUGAUGAACUGGCAGCACACCACCAUGUACCUCUUCUACGGCCUCUCUGGGGUGGUGGACAUCUUCACCUACGUCUGCCCCAUGGUGCCGCGGGGUCUGGACCGCCUGAUGCUGUCCGUGGCUGUGUUCGUCGAAGGUUGUCUCUUUUAUUACCACGUCCUUCACCGCCCCAUGCUGGAUCAGCACAUCCACUCCCUGCUGCUCAUCGCCAUAUUUUCGGGGGCCUGCAGCACCAUGCUGGAGGUCUUCCUCAGGGACAACAUCGUGCUGGAGAUGUUCAGAGCCGGCGUCACCAUCGUCCAGGGAACGUGGUUCUGGCAGGUUGGGGUUGUGCUGUUCCAGCCAUGGGGAGGCCCAAUGUGGGAUGAGACUGACCACAGCAACAUCAUGUUCCUCACCAUGUGCUUCUUCUGGCACUGGGCAGCCGCAGUGAUCAUCCUGACUGUGAACUACAGCAUCGCUUACAGCAGCUGCAUGCAGCGGUGCGGGAGAGGCAGCGGAGAGCCCUACAUCAGCCUGGGAGUCCGGAAGCAGAAGGGUGACAUGGGUUCCCAGGCUGCAUUCCUGAAUGGGUCAGAUGAAGAGUGAGGAGGGUGCAGCCUCCUCCUGCAAACUGAAGAAGAAUCAGUUUUCCAGAAGAAAAACUCAAACGAAACCUAACGCAAUGCUGAUGUCUGGGGAGAGCGGAGAGGGGCUGCCCCUGUGCUGCUGGGAAUCCUAUUGUGUGCAUGGUGGUCUCUGCCCUCUGCCGUACCCAGAGACAUCAGCUCUGACACAAGCACUGAUUGCAGUGAUUUGAGCAACAAAAUGAAGCGCAGAAAUUGACUGUUAAGAGAUUGCUUUGGGAUCCCCAUCUCUGUCGAGGUGGGUGGCAUCCUUUGGCCUUCUCAGCUCCCCCACCGGCCCAACCUGCUAUGAUGCAAGGCAGGGAAGCUCCGUGCUGGGCUCAGGUCCUCCAACACCCCACACCACGGCACCAUCCCAAGGAGGGAGAUUGAAGGAGCAGUGUGAGACUGUGGCAGAUUUGCAGCACCACACAACAGGAAUUCUAUCGCCAAAGCUGUGAACUGAAGGCAUUUGAAAAAAAAAAAAUACUUUUCUAUUCGCUUAAAUUCUUAAAGAGGGAAUAAAUAUGAAGCAAAAAUC